ACUGGCCGCAGCGGCCGGAGGCUUUGGCGCUGCUGGAGGGCGGCAGUCUCGGGCAGCCGCUGUCUCGGCGGGCGGCGAUGAAAAAAAGCGUCCCCAGCCCCGCCAAUUCCGGACCCCCGGGAAGACGCUACUUCUCGGAUCCCUGCACCCUCGCCCACCACCGCCGAGCCAGAGGGCAUAGGGCGGCCCUGGCAAUCCUCGAGCGCAGGGCUGGGCCGCGGAGCUGGCGGGGCGGCGGGGCCCAAGGCGCAAAGCCCGCCCUUCGCCCAGCCCCAUCGGUGGGGAUCAGCCCAGAGGGCGGGAGCAGGGAGGGGAGACGGGGUCCUCACCCCCAGCCCCUCCCCUUUCUCCGCCCGGCACAAACCGGGAGCCACCCCGGCCCCAGCGCCUUCUUCCCCGCCCAGGCAGACGCGACCCGCCGAGGCAAAGCCAUUGGAAAAAGCCCCGCCCUCUGGCAGGCUACCUCCGGACCCCCAGUGCGCCGCGCGCGGCUGCCAACCGCUGCCGGCUGCUACGCAUGCGUGACUUAGAACAGGGCACAAGCGCCUCCGGAGGCUCUAAGCUUGCGCCCUGGGGCGGUUUCCGUUCCCGGAUGUUUGGAGUGUGUCCUGGAGAAGGGGAAGGAAAAAGUAAGGCGUAGAAGUACACUGAGACUUCGUCACACACAAAACAAGCACGACAAAGAAAAAGGGCACGAAGGGACUCCUGGACGAAAUUGAGUCUACAUUUAAGAUCACCGUAAAAGUAGUGACGGCCUCUUUAUUACUCCAAACCCCAGAUUUAAGUCGGUGGGACGUCUUCGCGUUGACUUGUGGGGAAUGUAGUUUUGAUGCUGCCGACGCGUUUUGUUUGCGACAGAAACUACAAUCCCCAGAGGCCACUGCGACGUCGCCUGUGGCUGCCCGCGAACCAACGGUUAGCGGUGGCAGGGGCUGACUGAGAGUGUCUGCUUGAUAAUGGAUUCUGAGUUAAUGCAUAGUAUAGUGGGAAGCUAUCAUAAACCUCCAGAAAGAGUAUUUGUUCCCUCAUUCACCCAGAAUGAACCAUCUCAGAAUUGCCAUCCUGCGAACUUAGAGGUUACCUCUUCUAAGAUACUUCAUAGCCCAAAUAGCCAAGCUCUUAUUUUAGCCUUAAAAACUCUUCAGGAAAAAAUUCAUCAUUUAGAGCUGGAGAGAACACAGGCUGAAGAUAACCUGAACAUUCUUUCCAGAGAAGCAGCGCAGUAUAAGAAGGCCUUAGAGAAUGAAACAAAUGAGAGAAAUCUGGCACACCAGGAGCUGAUAAAGCAGAAAAAAGAUAUAAGUAUACAGUUAAGCUCAGCCCAGUCUCGUUGUACUCUUCUAGAGAAGCAACUAGAAUAUACAAAGAGAAUGGUUCUCAAUGUAGAGCGAGAAAAGAACAUGAUCCUAGAACAACAGGCCCAGCUUCAGAGGGAAAAAGAACAAGAUCAGAUUAAGCUGUAUGCAAAACUUGAAAAGCUUGAUGUCUUAGAAAAAGAGUGUUUUAGACUUACAACAACUCAGAAAACUGCUGAGGACAAGAUUAAACAUUUAGAAGAAAAACUGAAGGAAGAAGAACAUCAACGUAAGCUGUUUCAAGACAAAGCUUCUGAGCUUCAAACUGGACUUGAAAUCAGUAAAAUUAUAAUGUCUUCAGUUUCAAAUCUAAAGCACUUCAAGGAAAAGAAGACAUCUUCAAAGAAAACUAAAUGUAUAAAGAGAGGACCACCUUGGCAAAUUUGUUCAAAGUUUGGAGCACUGCCUUUUGUGGCUGAAAAGUCCACCAGUGCAAACUGUUCUGUGAAUGCAAGUAUGCAAAACCUUUUGCAGAGGAGGCAACAUCGUGGCCCACAUAUCCUUCAGAAACCUUUUAACGUGGCUGAGACUAGAUGUCUCCCCAGGCCUUCUAGAACAACUUCCUGGUGUAAGGCUAUUCCUCGUGACUCAGAAAAGUCCAUUUCCAUUUGUGACAAUUUAUCUGAACUUUUGAUGGCAAUGCAAGAUGAGCUGGACCAAAUGAGCAUGGAGCACCAAGAACUACUGAAACAAAUGAAGGAAACUGAAAGCCAUUCAGUCUGUGACGACAUAGAAUGUGAACUAGAGUGUUUAGUCAAGAAAAUGGAAAUUAAAGGAGAACAAAUCUCCAAACUGAAGAAGCAUCAAGACAGUGUCCGUAAACUGCAGCAAAAAGUUCAAAACUCAAAGAUGAGUGAAGCUUCAGGUAUUCAGCAAGAAGACAGCAACCCUAAAGGAUCAAAGAACAUAAAAAAUAGCCCCAGAAAAUGUUUGACUGACACUAAACUUUUUCAGAAAAACAGCAGCUUUCAUCCAAUAAGAGUUCAUAAUCUUCAAAUGAAAUUGAGAAGAGAUGAUAUCAUGUGGGAACAGUAACAAAAUAGCAAAACUGUCACCUUAAUGAACUUUGUCAAUGAGACCUUGAAUUGUCUAAAGUGGUUUUAAUUUAAUAUAACUUUGUGACAUUUUGAAUCAUGUUUCUAGCUUCUAUAAGACAUGAAGUUGCAGUAUUUUUAAAUUAAUGCCUAAUGACCUACUGGGUUCCAAAUAAUAAAUUAAUUGCUUUUUUGUUUUUCUUAUUGAUUGAAGCCUAUAACCUCAUCUUGUCUUAGAAACAUUGUUUGCUUUGCAGAUAUCUUAAGCUAAAUUUGAGAAAUUGUACUAGAUUGACAAUAUUCAAAAUUGAGUUAAAUCUGAGCUACAAGUACCAUUCAUUCCACUUUUCAUAGGUUUGCAACCUUAAAAACAAAUGUUAAAUGAACAGAGUUCAGAAAGAUCAUUUAGCUUUCCUGGUGUCUUCUUUCUAUUUUGUUUUAAAGCUGUGAAAUGUUUUUCUCUUUUGGAAAAGGAAAAGCUUAACAAUUAGACAGUUUUAUGAAGAAGGCUUUAAUCCAAGUUUUAUGAGACAAUAGGAACCCAUAGCUACUUAAUUUUUAGGAGACAGUAAUUCAGUUGCAGAAGUUUUCAUCUGCUAUUCCCAUUCUCUUUUACAAAACUAGUUUUUUUAAAAAAAAUAAUGAUCCAUUUUAUCUUACUACUUUAUAACUUUUGCUGACUUCUAUUCUUUGCAUUGUAUGUAAUGUCCAUCAGUAUAAAUUGAGACUGAAUUUCUAGGACCCACAAAAGUGGUAUUUUUUUUUUACAAGAAAGUAUGGAGGAAGAGGAAGCUGGACAUUAAAUUACCUCAUCCAGCAGAAAUUCAGGGUAGUAUGGUCUAUUUUAAUUUUUUAUAUUUUAAAAUCAAUAAUGUCAAAAAAUGUCAUUGUGUAUGCAUGCUUUGUAAUAAAUUUGCACUUGAUCGUUUU